AUGCCUCGAUUUGUACCUCGGCAGAGGAAACACAAAGUCCGCGCACGGGAGCAGAAUGAAACCUCAUCCCACAUUGAGUCCAACCAAGAGCAAAUCAUCCCUCUUACCCAACCCGAGAAAGCUGCAAAGAGACAGGCAUUGAGGGACGAGUUGAGGGCGCAGCAGCCUAAAAUAUCGGCCAAGAAGCAAAAGAGGUUGGACAAAUAUAUCGACAACAAGUUGAGAAAGGACGAGACCCUCGAUUUACUGCGAAAGCUUGAACAAGAGAAAGAAAAGUACGACGCUGUCAUAGAAAUAUCGAAGAAGCUUGGAAAACGAAGUUUUGGCGAUUUUGUUGAUGGACAGGUGACUGUGAAUGCAGCAGACAAGAGAUGGAAAGGCAAAAAGGGCCAUGAUCAUAUUUCCGAUGUGCAGAGUGAGGAUUCGUUCGAGGCGGAGAAUCAAGAUGCUUUCGCGCCUGUGCGUGACGAAGCAGAUAGCGAACGAAUGCCUAUCCAGGCCCUAGCAAAUGCGACAAUAAAUGGUAGUGGACUUGCACAAGCUUUAAUCCUGGAUGAGCAUGGCUUGCCUAUAAUUCAGUCCAGGAGGAGGAAAAAGCACCGUGACAAAGUCCUGCCGGCAGAGUUGCCCUGGGAGGGGUUUGACUCGGACUCAGCUGGAGAGGUUGAUUCUUCGGACGACAAUGAGGACUCAGAAGACUCGAUGUCGUCAGAAGGGGGCACUUUUGACACGAGCGAGGAAGGUGAAUCAACAUCUGAGGCCAGUGAGUCCGGAUCGGAAUCUUCAGAGAACUCCGCCAUCGGCAAGCCGAAAACGAGAAAAUCAGCUUUCAAAACGUGGGCUUCUCAACAACUCAACCAAUCAAUAGGAUAUGUACCAUCUUAUGCAUCGGGUGAAGGGCAGCUCCUGCCAAAGCCAGCGGCUAAAGAAGCACAACCUCCAGCCCAACAGAAUAGUGGACACUCGCAGGAAACUGCAGAGCCACUACCGAAUCGAAAAGCAUAUACCGUUCAUGUUGAACGUUCAAAGGAAAUCCAGAAAUCAAGGACACAGCUACCGAUUCUAGAACGAGAACAAGAAAUCAUGGAGGCAAUCCACAACCAUCCUGUUGUGCUUGUGAAAGGCGACACUGGCAGCGGUAAAACGACACAAAUACCCCAAUUCUUAUUUGAGGCGGGAUAUGGCACAAAAGAUGGCCCCACACCUGGAAUGAUUGGUAUCACUCAGCCUCGGCGAGUGGCUGCAGUGAGCAUGGCCAAACGCGUUGGCGUUGAACUGGGCGAUCAUGGGGAGAAGGUGUCCUAUCAAAUUCGAUUCGACAGCAACGUAUCUUCCGACACUGCAGUAAAAUUUAUGACUGAUGGAAUACUGCUACGAGAAUUGUCUCAGGACUUGCUCCUCAAGAAAUAUUCCGUAAUCGUCAUCGACGAAGCUCACGAAAGAAGUGUCAACACGGACAUCUUGAUUGGAAUGUUGAGCAAGAUUGUAUCCGCACGAGUACGAAAAACCAAAUUCAACCCAGACCCCAAACCGCUGAAACUUAUCAUCAUGUCCGCCACUUUAAACAUAGGAGAUUUCUUGCAUGAGAAGCUCUUCUCUGCAUCUGAAAGGCCACUUGUCGUCGAAGCAGAAGGCAGGCAGCAUCGUGUUACUCCGCAUUUUGCUCUACGUAGCCGACCAGAUUAUGUUGAAGAGGUCAUAGAGAAGGUCGGACGUGCGCACCGGAAGCUUCCUCAGGGUGGGAUCCUGGUCUUCUUGACGGGUCAGAAUGAGAUCAGACAGGUGGGCGACCGUUUGAAGGCUGUGUUGAUGCCACGGCAUGGAGCCGAUACUCGACAAAAUUUAACACGAGUACAGAUUUCGGCGAGUGAAGCACCACUUGAGGCCGAAGACAUGGACAUUGGGGACUUCAAGGCCCUAAAAGGCCAUGAAGAUUUUGAUCUUGACAUCCUAACACAUUCGGAAGACGAGGCAGAUGCCGAUGAAUUCGACAUUUCGGAUGAAGAAGACGAUGACGAUGACAGCAAGGACAAUCCUGUUCUCAAAUCGAGUAAAGAGCCCUACACUUCUGUCCACGUCCUACCUCUCUAUUCACAACUUCCGACUUCCGAGCAGCUGAAGGUUUUUGAGCCGCCUCCGUCUGGUUCUCGAUUGAUUGUCCUGGCGACGAACGUCGCAGAGACUAGUUUGACAAUUCCUGGAAUUCGCUAUGUAUUUGACUCUGGUCGAAGCAAGGAACGAAAGUACAAUCUCGAUUCAGGGGUCCAAAGUUUUGAAAUUGACUGGGUUAGCAAGGCCAGCGCGGAACAGCGAGCCGGUCGUGCCGGUCGAACAGGUCCCGGUCAUUGUUGGAGACUCUACACGUCCGCGGUCUUCGAACAGUUCUUCCCAUCUCACGCAGAACCAGAAAUUCUUCGAGCGCCCGCUGAGAGCGUCGUCCUGCAAUUGAAAGGAUUUGCUUACCCCAAGCCAAUCGUGGAAUUCCCGUUCCCAACUCCGCCCGCGGCUUUCACCUUGAACAAAGCUGAGCAGCUGCUUAGAAAUCUCGGUGCCUUGACGACUGCAGGAGCGAUUACCGAUCUAGGCAAACAGCUCUCCGUAUACCCGCUAUCUCCUCGCUUGGGCAAGAUCAUGGCUGCUGGGGUUGAUGAUACUACCCUGGUCUGGCAAGUCCUCUCCCUGGUAGCUGGGCUAGCUGUUCCAGAAAUCUUCGUUACCGAAGCCCAACUUCAUCUGGAGGAGCACCCGUCGCAGAAAGGUGAAUUGUACACUCGCGGAGACCAGCAAGAAGAUGAGCAGCGCGACCGAAGAAAGCAAGAAUACGGGCGAGCGAGGGCAACGCUCAGCCGUCACGACAAGACCUCCGAUGCUAUGAAGCUCUUCACCGCGGUGUCAAUGUAUCUCGACGCCCCAGACAAGUCUCAAUUUUGCGCCGACUACUUCUUGCGGCCCAAGGCAAUGGCGGAAAUAUCUCAGCUACGAUCUCAGCUCGAGUCAAUUGUGCGCAGCAACCACCGAACCAUCAGCCACGAAAUCAUCACCAAAUCCCACGCGCUGAAACUGUCCUCCACGCGCGUCAGGCAGCUCAACAUCAUCGCUGCAAGCGGCCACAUCGACCGGGUGGCGAUCCGCUACGACCGCCUGCCUAUGCCUCCGGAACUGGCCAUGAAGCCACGCCGCGCGAUCGACGUGCCGUACCUCCCGCUCAUCCCGCUGACAGAUCGAGCCUCAGCCUCGAUCGCCGAGAAAGCAGUCUACAUCCACCCAUCAUCAGUACUCUCGCGGCUCACGGCCAAGAAUCUCCCAGAGUACAUUGUAUACAGCCAGCUACAGCGCGCACAGGCGCAAACCGUGAGCACAGCUAGCGACAUCCAUAAUCUCAACGCCAUCCCCAAAACCCGCAUGUUCCCCCUGACACCCAUCACCACCGCACAGCUCUCGCUCCUGGCACGUGACACCGCGCUGAUCGAGUACGGCAAACCCGUGGCCAAGAGCAAAAUCGAGGAUCUCCCUGGCACGCCGAAGCGCAGGGACUGCUGGGUCAUGGCCGAACUGAAGGUCGGAGCUGGCGAGAGAGGAGGUGGCCUUGGCUUCGGCUGGCCUCUGCCGCCCGUGAAAGUCAGACAGGUGCUUGAUGUUAAGAGCAAAGCUGGAUGGAGUGUUGAGGAGGUUUUGAGUUAA